CUCAUCUUGAGACUUACAUGUUAAACAAGCUGUGAACGCUGAACUGCAGAAGUCGCAUAUCAAAGAAGCACAAAAUGGACGAUGUGGCUAAAACUGGGAUGGAUUGUCAGCUAGCAGACCAAGUCCAGAAGGAGACAGAGCUGAUACUGAGACCUUAUGCAAACUGGGAGGCAUAUUUGAUCCCCGGACCUCUCUCCAUUGCCAUCUUAGGAGAACUGGCUCGCAUCUCUGUGAGCCAGGGAGACUUCUCCAUUAACACAAAUCCACGCAGAGGAGGAUUCAAACACAUCACCUCUCCAGAAUCAUUCCUCGCAACUCUAAUGCAGGUGAGCAACACAGGCUGGGAGGCCUUUAGCACUGCUCACAAGAACAUGGACAAGAUCAGACUUUUAUCCAUGAGUAUUCCUGAGCAAAUGAAAAUUCUCAUCCAGAUUCUGUCACAGGAUAUCGAAGUGGUGACCACUCUUCUGCCUGGGCAGCUAAACAACAUCAAAACUGUAGCUGAUAAAUGCAUAUCAUUGGCUUUGGCGGUGGAAAACAAAUUCAGUGAGGUCAUCCAUCUGAUCCAGGAGGUUCUAGAAGCUUGCCUGAAUUCCAAAAGUGAAUAUAAGAAAAAAAUUGAAGAGACCGAAAGGAUCUUAAAAGUCUUAAAUGAAAAAGAAAUGCAAGCAAAAAAAGCCCAGCAGUUGGCAGAGGAGUAUUGCAAGCGUGUAAAAGAAAGAACUGAAGCAACUUUUGAUGAUUACAGAAUGGCUGUCAAAAACAUUCCUGAGGGAUGGGCAGCUGUAGGCAUGGAACUUGUUGAGUCUAUGACAGCAAACAUAUGUAUACUAUAUAUUUUCUUUGCCACCCUUAUGUUUGGUAGAUGUCCAAGUAAUAAAGUCAAUAGCAGUGCCAAGCGUGGAAUUGAUAAACCUGAAGACACGAAAGUCAAUAGCAGUGCCAAGUGUGAAACUGAUACACCUGAAGAUAAGGAAGUCAAUAGCAGUGCCGAGUGUGAAAUUGAUAAACUUGAAGAUAAGGAAGUCAAUAGUAGUGCCAAGUGUGACACUGAUAAACCUGAAGAUAAGAGUCAAGAUGAGCCUGACAGUAGAACUGAAGAGGACCCCAUAGCAUUGUGUAACAUCUACUGUCAAGCACCGCUACUUAUAUUUUUAGGAAAUAAUCUCAAUCAGCUCGUUGACGAAGAAGGCAACCUCAAGAUGGAUCUCCUUUACAAUGAAAAAGACAAGAAGGUCAACUCAUCUUGGAUCAAAGAAAAUGCUGAGCAACUGAGAGACAAGAUUAACCAAGAAAAAGAUUGUAGCAUGAAGAAUGUGUUCUUGGAAAUAUGCAAUUCCAUCAUCGAUCUUUGUCAGAAACUGUCUGAAGUAGUAGUGUCUGCGGAGCCGACCACUGGUAAGAAAGAUUUAAAAGAAAAAAUUAAACGUGUAGUGCAAAAAAUCGCCCACUUUGACCGUAAGAGCAAAUCACGUGCUCAGGCAGCAAUGUUGGUUCCUAUGAUCCCAGAUAGUACUAAAAAGUGCAAACCAUGGUUUGAAGAUAAAUUGCAGGAAUUCGGAGUAGUGAGCAAAGCCACUUUCAAAUUAACACAUCAUCAAGAAUUGCUGCUGACCACUGAAGAACAGUACCAGAGAAGUAUUGAAAAUCUGGAAGAGAAGAACGAGGAGCUGAUCGAUAUACUCAAUCACAUGAGGAAAUGUGAGACAAAGGAGAUCGAUUUUGAAAAAGCCAGGAAGAUGUUGAUUGAUGGGCUGAGUGCUUUCGAACAAGUGAAAGAGCAAUGGGAAAACAUGGUACGUUUCUUUCAGAUGAUCUCCAGCCUCACUGAGUCCUGCCUCAACUGUCGCAUCACUGAAUUUGUAAGUUCAGCUGAAAGUGUACAGAAAAUUGCCAGCUACUUCAGCAAUGACUUUUUGAAAGACCUGAUCUACAAGCAGGCAUCCAGUGCUUCCAAUGUGGCUCAUUUAGUGCACAUGAUUUCUUCAACUUACACAGAGAUUUCUUCACAGUAUCUGCUGGGCAGCAUCAGCAGCCUUGGCCGGCUUAUCUCCAUGGACCCUUCCAACCCCAGCUUUGAGGAAGAGUGCAGGAAGUUAGCAGAUGGAUGCAACAGUGCCCAAAAUGCCAUAAAGGGGCUGAUUCUUCAGAGGAAGAAAGAAUUUGAAAACUGUGUGUAUGGCAGAGUGGCAGAAUUCUCUUUGGAGCAGAAGGCUGACCUUCUAGAAGUGAUUGGGGAAGAGAAAAGGGCAGUUGAAUACCAUGCAGAAGGGUGUGAGCACCUUCCCUUUGAAGAAAAAUGACUCAUUUGUAAAGAACUGUGUGUCACCCAACAAAAAGAUUGAAAAAGCCUGAAGAUUAAUCAAAUCUUUAUUUUUUUUUCUGUUUUCAAAGUUUUGAAAGGACUCAAGAGAUAUCAAGGGCUUUCAUAGUAAGGGAAUUAGAUACAAAGGAAAAUGCUGUUGUGGUUUUAUGACAUGUGUAAAAAAGGGAAUUUUGGAAUGUGAGGUUUCCUAUGCCAACUUGCUUUCAAAAAUUCAUGAGAUAUCUUGAGAUGACAUGACAUAAAUGCCUCAAAUCAACUCAUUAGAAAGACAAGAGUUUUAUCUGAUCACAUUAGAUCAGGGCGGAUCUUUUUACUUGAUCACAUUAGAUCAGGUGUACAACCUGUGGCCCUCCACAUGUUAAGAGACUACAACUCUCAUCAGCUCCAGCCAUUAUACUCAACUGUGAGGGAUUAGGGGAGUUGUGGUCCUAAAAAUGUGCAGAGGGCCAAGGUUGCCCAAUUAAAUUCUAAGAGUCUGUGCAAAGCUGGUUUGCUUUGGGAACUCUGGAUGAAUGAAAAGCCACUUUUGAGUAAUUUUAAUUGAAUAAUGUAAUAUUUACAAGAGAAGCAUAUAAGGCACAAUGACAUUUUGUGGGUGAAUUUGUGUCGAAUAUGGUCUCAUGGAAAGUGCCAAGUGGCUUCCAGGAAAAUACUGCUUUAAAAAAAGGAAAAGAAAGCAUAAGAUCCAUGAAAAAGUUUGGAAAUACCACUUUUCUUCCUAAGGUUACACCAUUUGCGGUGUUUGCGCUGCACCAGUGUAACCAGAUAGAUAUGGGGAUUGGGGUGACUAAGUCUGUCUUUAAAAUAGCACAAGAUAUGUUUUUUUUAAAGAAUAAUAUCAGAACUCUCUAUGAUAAUGGGGGUCAUAAAUUCUGGAUAGCUUUGAGCAAACUAAACAGAAUCUUUCUCGAUUUAUUCAGUUUUCUCUUAUUCACCCCUCCUUCUAAUUAUUUCCUGCUAAUGCUGUAUAACAGUUGAGCCAUUAUUUUAAUCCACUGAGUGUUAAAUCAGGCUUUUAACUGUUAGUUUCUUCCUUUAAAGUUCAAUUUUACUUUUAUAUUUGAACGCCGUAUGUUUCACUUCACUGAUUCCUUUCUGUCUUUCCAUUUAUAAAAACCUUCAUUGAGCAUUCACUGUUUUUUAAACGUAAAAAGCCUUCUUGUAAGGGUGUCACUCCACAACUGUUGUCACAGACCGAGUCUGAUCAAAUCUCAUAUACAAGCUAUUUUGAGAAGGAUUGUGAAUGAUUAUACACUUGCUGU